AUGUUCUCACAACGAGUCUUGAAAUCUUCUGCUCCUCUCUUAGCUACCGCUGUCAUCGGUGGAGGCCUCUACGCCGCUUCUCUUCAAAGUGCUUCCCAAACCCAAUCGGCUCCUCCUCCUCCUCCGGCAGCAACAGACCGCAUCGUGCAAACCUCCACACAACGUUCAAAAGAACCUGAGAAGAUUUUUACUAGUGGCUUCUCCUUUCAAGAUCUGAAAUUACAGAGUUCAGAAGUCGUCAAUCACAACACCAAAAGAUUACGUUUUGAACUUCCGGACAAAGAUGCAGUCGGCGGGUUACGCGCGUUAUCUGCACUCCUAACAAAAGCCACUCCAUCCGGUGCCUGGCUACCCGUCUUGCGGCCAUACACCCCCAUCAGUGACCCAGAUGAGCCCGGCCACAUCGACCUUCUCGUAAAGCGCUACCCAGACGGUAAAAUGAGCAACCAUCUCCACUCCCUGCUUCCAGGCCAAACGCUCUCUUUCAAAACCGGCCCGCUGCUCACUUACGAAUGGACGCCCAACAAGCACUCCCAAAUCGCUCUCAUCACCGGCGGUGCGGGUAUCACCCCCAUGUAUCAGCUCACGCGCGCCAUCCUCAAGAACCCCGAGGACCAGACGAAGGUCACCCUCAUCUUCGGCGUCAACGGCGACGCGGACGUGCUUUUUGAGCCCGAGUUUCGGGAAUUGGAGCGCAAGUUCCCCGACCGUUUCAAGGCGGUGUACACGGUCAGCAAUCCGACGGCGAGCUCGCCGUUUCCGAAAGGUUAUGUGACGAGGGAGCUGUUGAAGGCGCAUAUACCCGGUCCGGAGGAGCGGGAUAUCAAGGUUUUGUUCUGCGGGCCGCCGGCUAUGGAGAAGGCGAUUGCGGGGUCGAAAGGGUUGCUGGGCAGUCAGGGCGGUGUGGGAGGGGUUUUGAAGGAGAUGGGCUAUUCUAGUGAUCAAGUCUUCAAGCUUUAG